AUGUCAAUAAUUUAGGAAGAGGAACCCCCUCUAUUCAAGACCUCUGACUCUAACUUCACCAAGCGCAAAAUAGAAGAAGAUGAGGACAUUAAGAAAUCAGAAGUUAUUAAGACCUCUAUAGCUCUAAGGCUUACGAAGUACCUGGUUACAACGAGGACUGAAGAUGGCAUAGAAUUCAUUAAUGCAGUACUGAGCUUUAUACUGACAAUAUUCUUUGCUCUUGACACUUACCCGAAUGGUACUUCUAGUGUGAUUCAGUAUAUAGAACUAGUUAUAGUUAUUUAUCUCUCAGCUGAUUACUUGCUUUUUUUCUACAUAUCAGAGAAUCGCUUAUUUUUCAUUUUGCAGGCUCAGAGUUUUGUCUCCUACAUUACUAUAAUACCUACUUUCCUAGUCAGGGCAAAGGUCGUAACAGAUGCCUACAAAAUGAAGUACCUCCUGUUCUGCAGAGUAUUCAGAUUUUUCUCUAUCUUCAGAUUGGACAAGUUUUUUUCUCGCAGAAAUAUGGGCUUGGUCCGAGCCUACUUCCGACUGAUCUAUAUCAUUCUGGCUACAGUAAUAAUCUUUGCAGCAGCUUUGCUUUUAGUUGAAAACAAUUGGCUUAAUGAUAACAUCAAGGGAAUUUAGUUCAAGAAAGCGAACAACAUCACCCUAACCUAUGAUGAGAAGAACACACCAGAUGAUGAGUAUCAAUUUCACGAUAUGCUAUACUUCAUGAUUACUACAAUCACUACUGUUGGCUAUGGAGAUAUAUACCCUAAGACAGUGUAUGGGCAAAUGAUGUGCAUUGGUAUCAUUAUAGUGAUCUUGGCUCUAAUCCCUUCUUAGCUGUCAGAGUUUUCAAAAGUCAGCAAUUUAACAACAAUCUACUCUAGGAAAUACUACUCUAACAAGGGUAAGAAGGAUACUAAGCAUAUUCUACUGCUGGGUGAUGCAUCAGCCGAAGCUAUCAAAACAUUCUUGACUGAAUGCUAUCAUAGUGAUCAUGGAGUCACCGAGACUAAUGUAGUCAUUAUGCGAAAUAGCCAGCCUAGUGAAGAGAUGGCAAUUAUACUUAAACAGGCGCAGUUUGAAAACAAGGUGACAUAUAUUGAAGGCAACCCUAUUCAUCACAAGGACUUAAAAAGAUCAAUGGCUGAUAAAGCUAAAUGUUGUGUCAUUCUAAGCAAUUAGUUUUGUAGAAACCCAAUAUUGGAAGACCAAAGAAACAUAUUAAAUGCUCUUGCAGUCAAGAAGUAUGUCAGAACUCAUUCUUAAAAGGAGAUGAGGCUUUGCCUUUAAUUAGUAAAGCCUGAACACAAGGAUCUCUACUUCACAGCUUUGCUUAACACUAAUAAGAUCGACUAGGUACUCUGUGUGGAAGAGUUGAAACUUCAGUUGCUAGCAAAGUCAAGCAUCUGUCCUGGCAUUAUUACCAUAAUAUGGUCUUUGAUAACUAGCAACACCACAGGUGCUUCAGAUAAUGAUGAUGACGAUCCUGAGAUGGAACUACUUAGCAUUCACAACUACUUCAAAGAUUAGAGGUCCAAUUAUGACAAAUUAAACUUAGGCUAGACUAUGAACAGCAACAACUAGCCAAUACCAAAACCUAUAUCAUAAAACUAGAAGCCAGGCUUCUUUAUGGACAAAAAGGGCGAAUGGAAGGAAAGAUGGCAGCUCUAGUAUGAGUCAGGAACGAAGUAUGAACUCUAUAGAGUCAUGUUAAAGCAAGAUAAGUUUGAGGGCCUCAAGUACAAGGACAUCUGCAUGAUUUUAUUUCUUAAAAGAGGACUCAUAUUGGUCGCGCUUGAGAUCAAAAUUGCCAGUCAAAUUAAGGUGUUUGUGAACCCUUCAGAGUAUAUUUUUGAUUCUGAAGACCACUGUGGCUAUGUAAUUCAUCACAAAAACCCUGAAUUUGAUGAAAUAAAUAAAAUCGAUCUGAGUAGAAAUACAAAUAACAAUCAGAAUGACAGUGAGAAUAUCAAUGAAUACAUCAACAGACAAGAAGGUGUUCACUCUAUUAAUAAGAAGGAAUUUAUAAAUCUAAAUGAAAAUCUAGCCAGAUUGCUAGCUGAGGAUCAUUCAAGCUAAAAAUAGAUCAACUAUGAGAACUUCUUCUCAACUAAAAAGCCUAUGCCACUCAAUGCUGCCCGUAUUAAAAAUAAGUUAGAUAAGAGCAUUGAGGGACACAUCAUUGUAUGCGGUAUAGUGAAGGGUAUCAAGAAUCUUAUUUUACCUCUUAGAUCAAAGACACUAGGCUCAUAAAGACGACCAAUAAUUAUACUAUCUAAUGAGAAUCUUGGUGAUGAAGAUUUAAACGGGGAUACUUUCAUCUGGAGUGAGAUUAAUAGAUUUGAGGAGAUUUAUAUAAUCAAAGGAUCUGCAUUGAAUCCAGCAGAUUUAGAAAGAGCUAGAGUUUAAAAAGCAAAGGCGAUCAUUAUUUUGGCAAAGAGCUAUGAAAAUUCAAACACAAAUGGCAGUGGAGGCUCAUCUCAAAAUAUGUUGGAUGCUGAUGCAAUUUUUAUGUAUAAGACUAUUGAAGCCAACUACAAAAAUGUCAUUAUAGUGACAGAACUUGCUUAAAUGGGUGCUAUUGCAUUCUUGGUGCAAGGUGGUAAUGAAGAGAACUAUCAGAAAUAAGGUUAUUUCAUGAGCAGACCAUUCGCAUCUGGUGAAAUAUAUGUCAGUUCUUUACUUGAUUCCUUAAUGUGUCAAGCUUAUUACAGUCCCAAGAUAACUGAAAUACUAGAUUAAUUAAUUAUGGGUUCUGCCAACACCCCAGAAAAAAUAAUGAAAAUCUAUAGAUAGCUGAAUCUUAGCUAGAGCAGUCUCUUUUUAAUUGAGGUACCGAAGAAGUGCACUAACCUUAGCUUCGCAAGUGUGUUUGAAACUUGUCUCAAGCAUUUCAAUAUGAUUGUGAUUGGUGUCUAUAAGAGAUAGUUUGAUGAUUUUUAUAUGGGUAACGGUUAAAACAAGGGAGAGUCUAGAGAAUUCAGAAACAACAAAAAGCCUUACGUUUGGCUGCAUCCUCCAAAGUUCAUCGAGCUAUCCAUACAUGAUGAGUUAUUCGUGCUGUGCGACAAAGAUCCAAAGGAAACCAUUGCAGCCAGUUCAACAGAUAAUUUGAAAAGUGAUCAUACAAGAAUGACGCAUGAUUUAACUGGUAGAAACGGAAUGAGAAUAGGUGGUCCUGGAGGAUUAAUAUCUGGUGAGAAGUUACUCAAAAACGAAGAGAAAAAGCAAUAAAAAGAGAAUAUUCAGAAGCUAACAAACUUGAAUAGCAUGCUACAGGAUUUAUUAUUUUCUACUAAAGAGUUAGCAAAUAACGUGGAUAGGACAAAUGAGUAUAUAUCAAAUGAUCUUGGACUGAAAAUCAAAUCUGAUUUGGAUUUCUUUGAAUUUUGA